ACCAGACCGGUGGCUUAGCGAACUUUCUCGUUGCCGUGAUUGAUUUAUCCUGGUCUGAGGGUCGUUGUUUCCUGCGAUACGGUUAGACAUGGCGAGAGAAAAACCAAUAGCAGUGUUCAUGGCCUUCGGUACUAAAGGCGACGUGUAUCCUAUCGCUUUGUAUGGCUUAACGAUUGGCUUUGUUAUUUCCGGGAAUAAAAGUUUUCGCCUUUGGUUCAACUUUAUGCGGGAAAUUUGUAGAAGGUUAACCGUUAAUACCUCAGGUUUCUGAAAGACUCGUACUUAUCAAUGGAAGUUGCGGAACUACGCUAAUUCGUGAAAAUGUUUUGGACAUUAUUGCUGGUCAGUGGUCAAACAGAGUUUCACCGUUGUAGCUGGUGUUUUCCAGAUGGCCAUUGCUGCAGCUUUUGCUUCUGACCAGAAACAGUACAAUGUCAUUCUAAUAAGUCAUUCAGCGCAUGAGAGUUUAAGUUCUCACCUGGCUGAGAAGCAUGUUGAAUAUUGUUCUGUUUCAUCACCACCAGUUCUUUCUGUUGAUCAGAAUAAUGGCAUUUCAGGGGUAUCAGAGCCAUCCUUUGCCCUGCAGAAACAGAUCGUUACACGAGAUCACAGAAAAGAGUGCUAUUCUGCAGUUGAAAGGAUAUUUGGAGAGGGCCAAUGCCUGGAGGGUGACCUUAUUGUGAUUAAUUUUUUUGCACUGGAAGGCUGGAGCCUUGCAGAACUUUUUCAUGUCCGUUGCAUAUUAGCUGCACCCUACGUUGUUCCAUACAGUGCACCUGCAUCAUUUGAGCGCCAAUUCUGCAAGGAGCUUCCUCUUUUGUAUAAGUAUCUCAAUGAUGGUCCAUGUGACAAGGUCUGCUGGGAGGAUGUGAUUCACUGGAUGUGGCCUCUUUUCACUGAACACUGGGGAUCAUGGAGAUAUGAUGAUUUACAUCUGAGUCAAUGCCCUUUCACUGAUCCCGUAACAGGCGUCCCUACUUGGCAUCAUAGGCCUCAAUCUCCACUUGUGAUGUAUGGAUUUAGUAAAGAAGUGGUUGAAUGCCCUGCAUAUUGGCCAUCAAAAGUACGGGUUUGUGGCUUUUGGUUCCUCCCUAUGGAAUGGCAGUUUACAUGUACACUGUGCAGAGAAGUAUCAAUAGUUGGCUCGUCAGAACAUAAACGUGCUAAAGAUCAGUUAUGUCUCAGACAUGUACAAUUGCAAAACUUUAUAAAGACUACACCAAUUUUUGUUGGGUUAAGUUCUAUAGGAAGCAUGGGUUUUCUGAAAGACCCUCGUACGUUUAUUUGUGUUCUUCAGACUGUUCUGGUGAUGGCAAGUUUCAGAUUUAUUCUUUUUACAGCGGGGUAUAAACCUUUAGAAUCAGUGGUUCACAUGUUCGCUGAUGAAACGUCAAAUCAGAGAUGUCUAAGUGAAGAUUGUGUUGCUCUUUUCAGUGGGCGACUUCUUUGCUUUUCUGGAUCCAUGCCAUAUCAUUGGCUUUUCCCAAAAUGUGCUGCUGUAAUUCACCAUGGAGGCAGUGGAACUACUGCAGCUGCGUUGCGGGCAGGUACACCACAGGUUGUGUGUCCUUUCAUGUUAGAUCAGUUUUAUUGGGCUGAGAGAACAUAUUGGCUUGGUGUUUCAUCAGAACCACUCCAUAGAAACCAUCUGCUUCCUGAUAAAAAUGAUGAGAGAAGUGUCCAGGAAGCUGCACAUGCACUUUCAUCAGCAAUACACAAUGCAUUAUCGCCUAAGGUCAAAGCACGUGCGGCUGAAAUUGCUGAAAGAAUAUCACACGAGGAUGGUGUAUCAGAGGCAGUUAAGGCCCUCAAGGAAGAGCUAGGUUUAGUUUGAGACACACAAGGCAAUUACAUCAUUUCCAAGUAUUAACACAUCAUUUUUCCUUCAUUGUUACUUCGAAUUCAUGUUGGGAAAACAUAUGUUUAUCUUAGCUGUGACAGCAUCAAGUUAUUUUUGACAUUUUCUUUCAAGAAGCCCCUUCUUGGAUACUAGAUGUAGAAUUUUAAAUUAUACUUCUGCUUUGUUAUGUGACCAAAUGUUUUAGUUCAUUGGUCUUUUCCGUUUUUUUUCCCCCUAGAUAGCUAAUGAACUUUUCUAUACCAUUAUUUUUUGCCAGAAAAUUUAUUAUAGUAA